UGAUUUUAUUUUCACCUUUUGCCAGAAGGUCUCUGAAAGUGAAAUCUCAGAAGUGAAAAUAUUUCUUAAAAAUAUUAAACUUUCUGUCAAUUGAACUAUAAACAACCUUUCUUCUUGACGGACAGCGAUAUUGGCCAAUAUACAUAUCGUCUACCCUUCUGACACGCCCACUAACCCGGACCCAAGAAUCCUAUUGGACGGCGGCCGUCCGCCAUAGAGCAAGUUUGUUUACGAACUACAUUUCCCAGAUUCCUCGAGGCUUCAUGUGACUGUUGUAUGGCUUCCCAGCUACCUGAUGCAGACUCAGCGAAUAAGUAGGUGCUUUUGUGUUUUCGCUGGAGCUCUUCGCCCAAGGAAGACGGACACGACGGACCGGACUGGAAGAUAGCUAGGGAUGUCUCUUGAUGUGGGGCAGCUCACAGGGCUGAUAGCAGCUACCUUCACUCCUCUCACUCCACAAGGUGAGCUGAACCUGCCUGUGAUCGGGCCGUAUAUCGACUACCUGCUGGAGAAACAGGGAGUUCGGAGUGUGUUUGUAAAUGGGACCACAGGUGAAGGCUGCUCUUUCAGUGUGGAGGAAAGGAAGCAGCUGGCAGAGGAGUGGUGCCGGCAGGGCAAGGGGAAGCUUGACCAGGUUAUCGUUCACGUUGGCUGCUUGAAUGUGAAAGACUCUCAGGAACUGGCUCGUCAUGCUGCUUCGGUAGGAGCUGACGCCAUCGCUGUCAUCUCCCCUUUUUUCUUCAAACCCAUUAAUGCAGAGGCGUUGAGGAGGUUUCUGCAGGAAGUGGCAUCUGCAGCACCAAAGCUUCCACUCUACUAUUACCACAUACCCUCCAUAACUGGAGUGAACCUGGAUGCGAGCGAGAUUCUGGAUGGGAUUGAGAAUCAGAUCCCCUCGUUCAGAGGGUUAAAGUUCAGUGCAGCAGAUCUGAGGGAUCUGGGCCAGUGCAUCAGUUACUGCCGUGUACGUGGCUGGUCUGUGCUGUACGGAGUGGACGAGCAACUGUUGGGGGCAGUGGUGUUGGGAGUCAAUGGGGCCGUCGGAAGUACAUACAACUAUGUGGGCAGCACUAUGAACAGUAUGCUGGGUGCGUUUGAGAGAGGAGAUAUUGAUCUAGCCAGGAAGCUUCAGUUUAGGAUGCAGGAGGUCAUCACAUUUGCAAUCAGUCUAGGCUUUGGCUUGCACGUGAAUAAACAAUUGAUGAGCGAACUUUCGGGGCUGUCCAUGGGUCCGCCGCGGCUGCCACUGCUGCCCUGCCCUCCAGACCACGCUCAGGCCAUCACUCAGAAACUACGGGAUGUCCUGGCUUCUGAUUAAACAAGCAACACAAAAAAAAUCAGCCAUAUCAAGCAGAGAGAGACCAAAAAUCAGGUUUAACGACAUGUAUUAUAUCGUCACUGUCCAAUGAAAAACAAGUAUCUUGAAAAUAGUUACUUUACAGGAAUGGGAAAAAAUGUUCUGUACUUUUAAUGUAAGUCAGUAGAAGGAGAUUUUAUUCCAAGCAAUUUUGGAGCAUUUCUAUUUGUCCAAUCAACAUGAAAUUUUCACACAAUGUAAAGGACGGCUGCUGAGAUCAAAUGAUGCAGAAAAGUAAAAAUCGCAAACAAAAAUAGAGAUGCAUGUUUUUAAUUGGACAGUGACGAUAAGAGGAAAUCCAUAUAUGCUAAGCAAUGAUUGGCUGAUCAAAUAUGCCCCUGUUGUGAGCUGUCUUUCAUUUUGGUCCCGUUUUUAUAGAAACUAAAUGUUUUCUUAAACCUGCCAUUAUGGCAGUACUUCAGCCAAGAAUGCUAACAUGGCUAGUAGUGGGGACCAGUUGGUUUGGUUCAUUUACCGGUCCUCUCUAGCUUUCAGUCGUCAUUACUAGCGUUCACAUUUUUGGGUGAAGUGUUGCUUGGUUUAACGUUUUAUACUUGAAGAUGCCAGAGCACACAUGGCAUUCUAAUGGCAAAUAAACCACACUACUACGUUUCAGGCCAGUUUUCCAUGUAUGGGCCAGUUUUAAAAGUUUCACUCCACAUGAUAAAACGGGUAAUUACUCUACUCAUCCAAGGCACCUGCUCAUCCAGAAUAUCUUCUGAAAUCAAGCAGUCAAACCACAUCCAGGCCAUGAAUAACGCCGUGCAUACCUGCCAGUGACUGCUUUUACAUGCACUUAACAAUCCGAUCAUAAUCGUAUUUCUGCAGUUAUCCGAUUAUUCAAAUGGCCAUGUAAACACCAUACUCCGAUCUUAAAAUCUGAUUAAGAAAUCUGAGAAAGAGGCUGGAUUUUAGCUCAGUUAUCAGAUUUCUCAGCGCAUGUGAACUUUUACUCUGAUUUCUUUCGGAUUCCUCUGUCUGCGCAUGUGCGAAAACAGACGGCGGUACUGGAAAUAAGCCAGUAGCUGGAUCCGAUUCCACAGAAACCGAGUACGUUGUUGACAAAAUGAGGAAUUUAAAUAGUUCUCAUCUCAAUAGUUCUCAUCUCAUCUUCUAGAUGAUAUAUAUUCAUAUUUUCAGGCAAAGUGCUGAUGUUUUAAAAAAAAAAGUUUUACGUUUAAAUUUUACUUCUUUUGUAAGUUUAUUGGCUGGUUGUAAAACAGAAAUCUGAUUACUGUCUGACCAGACGUUUCUCCAUUAUCCGAUUUCUCAAGUGCACAUAAAUGCAUUGAUCGGAUUACUGACAAAAUCUGAUUUUCUGCAGUUAUCAGAUUAUUUAGUGCAUGUUUUAGGACACAGUAUGAAUUGUGAGCUUAGAAAUAUUAAUAAACGUUCACCAUGGAUUUGAAUUUGCUGUAACUCCCUGUGGUCUAAAAUCUCUGCCUGCUGUGCCCAGCAAAGGUUUGUCCAUUUUUAUAGGUCGCCUUAAGUGACUUAAACCACUUGAAGAACUGGAUGCGGUUCAUCUUGUUGAGAGACGUUUUUGGAGAUGUGUUUGCAGAAAAGAUUUGAGUGACUACUGACUUCAAGUGUCUGUUACUAACACUAGCUUUGCACGUCCAGCACUAACCUAAAGAAGCAAAAUGUGUCCAGCAAAAUGUUUAAGGUGGGAAAAGUGGAGAAAAGAGUAAACAAAUAAAGAAAAAUAUGCUGAGUUAUUGCUUAUGUAUGGUUUACUGAACUUUAUAAGGGAUUUGUCUGGUCACUAAUAUUUUCAAGGAUCAACGUUCAUUGUACUGAAAGUCUGUUGUUAUUUUAUGAUCUUGCUUUAUGAUUGUUGUUGUAGUGUGUGCAUUUGUGCCUUUAUUUGAGCUUACAAAGUAAAACACAGUCCCAGAUGAUCUGUACCAGCACUUUUAAUUCAAAUACAUUGUUUUAUUGUAUUCAUGGAAUCCUUUUUGCAUUAUUGAAUAUAAACGAGAUGAAUUAACCUCAGCCCUUGAUUCCUUGCUGUUACAAGUUUUGAUGUGAAAUAAAACGUUUAUAAUCUCCUU